UUUGGUCGCGUGAAAACCAAAAUUUUUCGUUUACCCGCUGGGAAAAUUUAAAACAAAAAAAAAAAAAAAUAAAAAUAUAAAGCAAAAAAAAUUCUUUUUGUUCUUUUUCUUUAUUCUAGUGAAAAAAAAUAUUUUAAUGUUCUAAUAGUUUUCUGGACAAAAUACAAGAAAAAAAAGAUACAAAUUGAAAAAAAAAAUCACAAUUUCUUUAUUUAACUUUUAUUGCAAAUUAUUUUCUUUAUGUUAAUUAAUUUUAAUUGCAUAUAUUUAGGCUAAAAUAAGAAAAAAACUUUACUGAAAGAAAAAAUUUUUCUUUUAUAAAUUUUGUUGCAAUUUUUUGAAAUUACGUAAACUAUUUGAAUUGGUGAAAAAUCAUUUAAAGAGAAAAUUUUCAGGGAAAAUUUAAUUUUAAUAUAAAAAGAAAGUGAAAAAAAAAUUUUUGUUUUUUUUUUGUUUGAAAAGUGCUCAUAAAGAAUAAUAAAUUUUUCCAAUUAUUUUCUUGUUCAUUUCACAUAAAUUUUACAUCAAUCUAAGGAAAAAAUUCCAUUAUUCAUUUAAAUAAUUUAUGACUUUCUGUUAAAAUUUUUAUAAAUUAUCAAAAAUAUUUAAUAUACACAAAAUAUAUAUAUAUAUAGAUAUAGAAAAAUAAGUACAUAUAAUUUAAGAUACACAAUAUAAUAUAGAAUAAUGAAUCGUUUUUCGCUUUAUUGGAUAUUAUUUGCAGCCAUAUUGAUCCAUAAAACUCUUUCAUUACCCACGAAUACAGAAGUAUCAACAACAACAGAAGCUGAGGAAGAUGAAGAAUGGGAUGAUGAAGAUGAAUCAUCAGAAGCUGACGAUGAUGGUAGAAUUUAUAAAAAUCCAAGAAAUUCACCAUCAACUGAAUGUCCCAGAGAUGAAGAACAAGCAACAUUAUUAAAUCAAAAAUGUUUAAGAAAAUGUUCUUCAGAUGAGGAUUGUAAAAGUAAAAAAAAGAAAUGUCUUUGUGAUGGAGCAUGCGGAAUGUCAUGCAUUAAACCAGAUCGUGAAUGUCCAGAAUUAAAUCAACCACCACUUGGUACUGUAACAAUAUCUGGACGUCAUUUUGGUGGUAGAGCAACAUAUACAUGUCCACAUGGAUAUCAUGUUGUUGGUUUAGCUAGUCGUCUAUGUCAAGCUGAUGGAAAUUGGGCUGGCUCUGAACCAGCAUGUAAACAAAAUAUUUAUUGCCUUACUCCGCCAACAAUUGAACAUGCAAGACAUUCAGCAUUACCUGAACAAUUAACAUUUGAUUUAGAUUCAACUGUUCAAUAUCAUUGUCAUAAUGGUUAUGAAACAAAUGGUUUUCCAAGGGCAAAAUGUUUAGCAAUUGAUGGAACUGCCAGUUGGUACGGUCCAGAUAUACAAUGUGAACCUCGAUCUUGUGGACAGCCACCAGAACCAGCUAAUGGAUGGCAUGCAACUGAAUGUUACACAUUCGGAUGUCGAAUUACUUAUCAUUGUGGUGAAGGUUAUGAAUUAGUUGGUAAACAGGAUCGUUAUUGCCAAGCUGAUGGAAAUUGGACCCCUAAAGAAUUGCCAACAUGUGUUUUGGUAACUUCAGUUGUUUGUCCAACACCAGAAUUUCCCAAAAACGGUCGUGCUAUAUACACAACAACAUCGUAUAAUUCUGUGGUAAGCUAUGAAUGUCGAUAUGGAUACACGUUAAUUGGUGAAAGUUCAAGGAGAUGUGGUGCUGAUAAAAAAUGGACUGGUUCUUUGCCGCAAUGUAAAGAAAUAAAUUGUGGCCAUCCUGGAGUACUAUAUAAUGGUUGGUUAGAAAAUAUUGAGGCUGGAACAGGUCUUGGUGCCAGUAUUAUAUUUCGAUGUCAUCCUGAAAUGUUAAUUCAAGGUCAUUCAUCUACAGUAUGUCAAGUUGAUGGCAAAUGGCGUUAUCCAGUACCAGAAUGCUUAGCGCCUUGUAUUGUUCCAACAAUAUCACAAGGACACGUUAUACCAAUUGAAAUUGUGCCAGAUGAAAAUGCGACAACUGUUUCAACACCUAUGGUAAUAACAUCGGUUGGUAAAGUAAAACAUGGUACCGAAUUAGAAGUAAUUUGUGAUGAAAAUUAUGAAUUUCCAUCAUCAUCAUUGAAUCCCCCGACUUGUAACAACGGAACUUGGAGUGUUAUACCAAGGUGUAUACCAGCACGUUGCAAAAGUAUGCCCCGACCUCCUAAAAAUGGUAUGGUUUUAGCUCCAAAAACUGAACAUGGUAUGAAAGCUAGAUUUAAAUGUAAAGACGGUUUCAAUUUAACAACCCCUGAUGGUAAAGAAAUAACAAAUGCCGACGACUGGGUUUUAACAUGUUCAUUUGGAAAUUGGACUGGCAAUACACCCGCUUGCCAGGAAGUCUAUUGUUCUUUUCCAGGUUAUGUUGAAAACGGUAAAGUUCUAUUAGUAGGUAAUAUGGGACUUUACGAUUAUAGACCAUAUGUCAAAAAAAUUGCCAACAAUAAGCAAAUUAUGUAUGAUUGUGACAAGGGAUAUGUGUUAGAAAUAGGACCUCCAGGCGCCACUUGUGUUGGUGGAAAGUGGAGGCCAGAAGAAUUACCGCAAUGUAUUCUCGGACAACAUCCAAGAUUGAGAUGGACACGCCGUAGACGAUCGAUUCGAAUGCGCUAUUUACGAUCAAAAUAUUUAAUGGAAAAUGCCAGACGUCUCAACCAUUGGCUAAAAGAUGAAUACGAAAAACAAAUAAACUCUGAUCAUACAAAGUCUAUGCGUAGAAAACGCAGUUUAGACAAUGACGUAUACAAUAGAAAAAAAAGAAUCUUUGGUAGUUUCUAUCCUAUUCUUAAAUAUAAAAGAAAUUUGAUGUCAAAACAUGACAAAAUUUAUAGAAAUAUGUUAUCAAAUUUAAAAAAUUCAAGGUCAUAUCAUAGAGUAAGAAGAGAUCCAAGUGAACUGGAUCUUGCAUAUUCAAAAUAUUAUCAAAAAAUAAAACAAAAAUAUCAGAAUUAUGUUAAAAAUUUAUUAGGUUAUAAUCGCCCUAGAGCCCAUGAUUCAUAUCCAUAUUUAGAAGGUAUUAGUAAUCCUACAAAAAAAGUUCAAGUGCAAGAUGGUAGAUGGUAUCAUGAUUAUAGUAAUCCAAAUACAGAGUCCAUAACUCGUUAUAGAGUAACACAUAAAUCACGUACUGCAUCAAACGAUUUAGGAGAAUAUGGAACUGAAAAUGGUGACCAUUCUGAAAAGCAAGCGAAUCGAAACAAAUCACAAACCAUAAAAGUAUCUAUACCAGAUAUAAAUCAAAAUUUACCUCCUGAAGAGCGCACUACUACUGUGGAAUCUGCAGCCGAAAAGUCUACUCAAUUAGAAUCCGAAUUAGAAUCGGAAGAUAACUUUUUACCAAAAAAUUACUUUUCUGUCAAAUCACCGAAAACUAUAAUUGAUAACAGUUUAAGAAAUUUCGUAAAAAGUGCUAUUCACAACAACACAUCAAAUGCAAAAGAUCUAACUAGUUUAAUUGAGCAACUGAAAGCUCAAAUAGUAAGACGAAAAAGACAAAUCACGAAUGAUUUUGAUGAUAUAAAAGAAGAUGGAAAACAAGAUGAAGAAAAAGAAGAAAAAAAAGGCGUUCCACGUGGACCAUGUGAAGAUUUAGAUUGGGACUCAUUUUCAAAUGUAACGGUUCUACGACCAGGAAAAACACCAGGAAAAACUACUGCUGGAACAAUAUUACUGAUAACUUGCAAUCCGGGUUUUAAAUUAAAUAUAAGAAAUCCUAAUGCAACUGCACGUUGUGUGAGAGGAAUGUGGAAGCCUCAAAAACCUGUUUGUCAGUCGGCUCCUUGUUCGGUUCCAUCAACAGAACAUGGCAAAUACUUUGAAGUUGAACCAGAUCCAAAUAUGCUAAGAGAUAACCCAGAACUCAGACCUUUAAUUCCAUACGAAGAAAUAGAAAAUGAAAAAAUUAUAACAUUUCAGUGUGAGGAAGGAUACAAUGUUCAAGGAGCAGCGCAACUUAGGUGUGUUCAUGGAAGUUGGUCGGUGCCAGCUUUUCCAGAAUGUCUUCCAUUACCUUGUAUAUUACCUUCAAUACCAAAUAUUAUAUAUGAAGGAGGAUAUCGAUCCGGUUUAACCAUAGCUCAUGGAAGUUCGGUAACAGUACACUGUGACAACCCGACCAACAAUUUACCAAUACAAAUGGUGUGCAACAGAGGCAAUAUGUCACCUAGUACGAUACACUGCGAAAUCGGAAAUAAAAAACCUCGUGAAGAAUAUUUAGGUGAAGCUGAGUUUGUUGGAAAUGGAGAAAACCCCUUGAAUAGUUUGAUAAAUACCGGACCUCCUAAAGGAGCUCCACUAAAUAAAGCUCAGAUUGGACUUUAUACACCGAAAGAGGUAAGUAAUACUACGGAAACCGGUGAAAGCCAAGCAGGUGGAAGAGAUUGUGAGAGACCAAUGAAAGAAAAAGAAGGAUACCUUGUCUACAGAAAUGGGGAACCAAUUGAUGAGGAAGAAGACGAAGGCUUUUCUCAUGGGACAGAAAUUUUAUUUAAUUGUAUUGCAGGGCAUGCAGGAGAACGUAACACUUGGAAAAUUAUUUGUGAAGAUGGAAACUGGAUUGGUAGAGCAUACAGCUGCGAAAACGGAACUUGUUUAUUCCGCAACAAUGAACCUAAUGUUGUUAGCUUUUACAAUGAUCAAGAAAUCCGUGAAGAAUAUGUUGAAUUUCCUCCAGGUGCUACAAUUAUUUCAAGAUGUGUUGAUAUUGGUAAAUUUGCUCUUGUUGGUAGUAACGAAAGAACAUGUAUUCAUUCAGAAUGGACUGGAGUAAAACCACAAUGUCUUGGCUUAAAUCAAGAAAAUGAUUAUGCAAUGGAGAAGGCACCAACAGUAUUGUUUCGACAUGAGAAUGGUCCAAUUGCUCAAAGUAAUGAUGGUAAAUUAAUUGUUUACCCAGGAACAACUGUUCAUAUGGAAUGUUUGUGGAUGAGACGAUUUGGCCAACCGAAAUGGAAUGUUAGUCACGAAAACAGAGAAUAUCCGGAAGGUUGGGUGACAGAUGAAGCUCGAGACCCAAAUCUUGAAUACCGUUUAAGUAUCGUACAAGCUGUCGAAGAAGAUUCUGGUAUAUACACUUGUGCAACACCAGCCAGACAUGAGCAUUCCGUCGAAAUUCUUGUAAAGGCAAUAAAUUGUCCUGAUAUUCCGAUGAGACGAGGACUUAUUGUAAAUAGUAACGAUACAAAAUUAAGUGCUAGAGUGCAAUUAUCAUGUUCAAAUGGCAAUUCAUUAAUUGGAGCUUCAGAAUUAAUAUGCUUACCAUCUGGAAAUUGGAGUGCUCCAUUACCAGUGUGCGAAAGUGUUGAAUGUGGUGAUAUACCAAUAUUGGCAAAUGAGAGUACACCAAUACGUGUAUCAGUUCUCUCACGUGAAGUGGGUGGUAGAGCAGCUUUUUCAUGUCCAUCUGGAUACGGAAUAAGAGGUAGUGCUGAAUCAAUAUGCUUGCCAUCUGGAGAAUGGUCAACACCAUUUCCAGCUUGUGUUGAAGUACAAUGUGAUAAUCCUGGUGCACCUCAAAAUGGAUAUGCUCAAGGCAGUGCACCCUAUAGAGCUGGUGAUGUCGUCCAAUUUAAUUGCAAUCCAGAGUAUAUGAUGCAAGGUCAACCAAUUAUUGCCUGCCAAGAUAAUGGACGUUGGUCAGGUGGUUUACCGAAAUGCGUACAAGCAUGCUCAUAUCCUGGUACCGCAAUCAGUGGUCGAAUGUCCUCAGUUAAAUUUUAUUAUGCAAUUGGAGAAAGUAUUACGUUUACAUGCGAUGCUGGACUAGAAUUACGUGGUGCUAAAAUGUUAAAAUGUUUGCGCAAUGGUAAAUGGUCGAAUGCAAUACCAACAUGUGUCAGCGGCAGUGGAGAUCAAGCAAAUAAAAGAGCUGUAUCAUAAUAACAAAAAUGAAGAAAGUCAAAUAUUAAAUAGAGGGCUUGAAUAUGAAGCGCUAAUGGCCCAGAGAAAAUCUCAAAUUAGAUUAAAAGCACAAACAACACCACAAGAACAAACGAUAUGUUCAUCGAUGUAAAUUAAAUAAAUUUUAAAAUAAACAAAAAACCUAAAAUACAUAAAUUAUUAUUAUAUAGAAUAUAAUUAUACAAUUAUAAACUAAAGGACAUAUUUAUAUAAAUUGAAUAAGCAAACUAUUAAAAGAUGACAAUUGAAAUUAUAAUUAAAAAAAAUUAAUUUAAGUGUUUAUCAAUAUCUAAAAUGUAAGAAAAUUCUUAAAAUUUAUAUAAAAAUUAUCGAAAUAUACAAUUAUCAAAAUAAAAAAAAAUUAAAUCUAUAAUGUAUGUAUUUAUAUAACAAAAUAUUUUGGAAAAUUAUCAAACGGCUCCAAUUUUUUUAUUGAAAAACAAGAAAUGCUUAAUAUAAAUGUUAAUCUAUAUUUUAAAAAUUCAAAAAUUACAAAAUAUAAAUUUUGAAAUAUGAAGCAAUGUAUUUCAUAUCUUUAUAUGUUCUGUGAAAAAUAAUUAUUGAAAUUUAAUGUUUACAUUUAGUUACAGAACUCAUUAUUU